AUGGCAGAUUCCAACAAUGCCAGAAGAACCAUGGAAUUAGAGCUUGGAGAUACCGAUGAACUUCGCUCAGCAAAGGAAAGGCUGAAGAAAGCUCGACAAAGAGGAGGCAGCAACUUGAUACUCAAAGUCACAAGUCAUCGCUUCGCCGCCUGGGAAGACAGCUUUGCCCAGCACUUCUUUCAAGAGUUGAGCUCGACUCCUCAGCUGCAGCAGCUUGACAUGGAGAUAAGGAUGCACAGCAUCUCCAGCAGCUUAGUAGCUGCAACAAUUCAGAAUUCCCGAAACACCCUCCGAAGUCUAAAAUUGUGCCGGAACACGUUUGUUGGUGAAGUAGGUGGUCUGUGUCAAGCUCUGCACCGCCAUCCAUCCCUAGAAACUGCGUGCUUGCGAGAAAACUGCUUCAAAGAGAACGAAACCAUGCCUCAUCAAAGGGAAAAAUUGGUGGCGGUUGUGGAUGCCCUGACCACCUGCUCUAUGUUGCAAUCGUUGGAACUCAAGACAGUUUCCAACCAAAACAAGAGCUUGACCAAACGAGGUGCCAAAAUCCAUGGGAUUUCCGUGUCACGAUUAUGCUCCAUGCCAAACUUGUCCCAUGUAUCUUUACAGAUCAAACCAUCCUCUCUUGUGCAAAGCAUCUGCCAUCAGUUGUGCGGCAACAUCAGUGUGACCCAACUGGAUGUGGAUGUUUCCGUUUUCAAACACGACAAAAUGAUGCUGGCAGUGGAAGCGGUUGCCAUGCUGGUGAGGGCAAAUAGACCUGGAUUGGAGAGUCUAGCUAUUGGCGUCACCUGUGAAGGGGGUCUGUCUCCGAUCAUUCAGGCGUUGCAUACCAAUGACAGUCUCAAAACAUUGAAAGUAGCCAUGAACGGGAUACGCCACUUUAGUUUUGGCAUGCUGCCACAGCAAACUACCGAUGCUAUUUCCACAAUGCUGCAACACAACUAUGUGCUGGAGCAGAUACAAGCAUCAAACAGUAAUGACGAAGCAACCGUAGAUACUUGGAGUGACCCUUCAAUUCCAUUCUAUCUGAAGCUCAACCGAGCCGGAAGGGGAAGACUCUUGCGUGGGGCGAGUUCCAGAGAGGAUUGGAUCGGGUGUUGCAAAGAGGAUUGGAUUGACACUAUCAUUGCGAAUCGUGAGGAUACAAGUGUGGUGUUUUACUUUUUGUCCAAGAAUCCUUUGUUGCUAUCAAGUGAUGACGUCGGUAGUAGCACUGACAAUACCGGUACAGAGGAACUGCAGGUACUAGCACGCCCCUUCAAGAGGCCAAGGCUGUUGGCCAGUCUUGACUAG